AUGGCGAGAAUGAAGAUUGAAAGUCGCCUCGAAACAAUGGAAUGUGCCGCAGCAGACGACAUUGGAGGUGUCGACAUAUUUCAAAGAGUCUGUUGUAGAGCGAUCCGAACGGGGAUCGGAUAUUGA